AUGGACACGAACGCCUCAACCACAUCACCCAGCUGGGCAGAGUUUGCUACUUUGAAGCUAUCCUCGUCGCUCCCUGCAUCUCAUGCUGGUCUCUAUUGGCUAGUCUUCCUCGUGAUCGCUUCAGUCAUCGCGGCACCUCUCCGGCACAAGUUUCAAGAUGUCGAGAUCUACCCAGUCAUCAAUAAGACCAAGGAGGAAUACCUGACUGGCGGGAGAGCCCUCCUCGCCAAAGGGGCCAAGGAAUACGGCGGUAAGCCGUUCAGGGUCUUUACAGGCCAGGGCAGCACCCUCACAGUCCUGGCGCCUGAAUUCUGUCACGACGUGAAGAAUGACAACCGCUUAAGCUCGACAGAGUUUCUCUUGGCUUACUGGCAGGCUGGGACACCAGGCUUCGAGCCGUACUUUAGCUCAGGAAGCGAGCUCAUUCGUGAGAUGAUUCGAACUCACCUCACUCAGAGUGACGUUGACGAAGCAGCCAGCGCUCUGAAAGACGUCUUCACCGACAACGAAGAAUGGCACGAAAUCACCCUCGCCCCAACAAUCGCCCAAGUCGUCGCCCGCGUCUCCGCUCUAGUCUUCCUCGGCCCCGAACUCUGCCGCGACCCAACAUGGCUCAGCAUUACCAUAAACUACCCCCAAAAAGCUAUGGCCGCCGCAAAAGUCCUCCGGUCCUACCCUGCCCCCAUCCGACGCUUCGUGCACUGGUUCCUCCCCUGCUGCCGUGAGCUGCGCCAGAUGCUCUCCACCGCGCGACAGGCCAUCGAGCCGAUCCAGCAGAAGCGGAGAGAACAGGAAGCGGUGAUGGGCGGUGUGGUGUUUGAUAACGCGUUGGCGUGGAUCGAGAAGCUGGCGAGGAAGCAGCAGGAUCGGACGGCGCAGAAUGCGGCGUUUCAGCAGCUGGGGUUGUCGAUUCUUGCGAACGCGUCGAGUACGGAUAUGGUGUCCCAGAAUUUGCUGGAUUUGUGCGUGAAUCCAGAGGUGACGGAGGCUUUGAGGGAGGAGAUUCUGAGGGAGACGAGGGAUGGGUGGAAGAGCUCGACGUUAUAUAACCUGAGGCUUUUGGACAGUGUGCUCAAAGAGACGCUGCGUCUUAAACCCAUCGCUUCAGUGGCUCUUGGGAGGCGUGUGAUGGAAGAUGACGUGAAAUUGAGCGACGGCACCGUGCUGCCCAAGACGACCGGCGUUGCUGUAUCAUCGGCAAACAUGUGGGAUCCCGAGAUCUAUCCAAACCCAGAAACCUUUGACGGCCGACGCUUCCUCCGGAUGCGCGAGGGCGGCAACAACGAGCACAACGCGCAGCUCGCGAGCGUUUCGCCGGAGCACAUGGGCUUCGGGCUCGGCUCUCAUACGUGCCCGGGUCGGUUCUUCGGCGCCAGUUCCGCGAAGCUGAUCAUGUCGCAUAUCUUGCUCGAGUAUGAGUUCAAGCUGGCUGAUGAUGUGGACAAGAGUACCGUUGAGCCUAUGCGCUUUGGGUUCUCUACUCUGGCGAAUCCUGGGGCGAAGGUUCUGAUCAGGCGUCGAAAGGAUGUGAUCUGA